CAAAAGUCGGAAAUUGACAGCACAACUUCACUUGGAAGUCUAGACUAUGGGGCUGUGUCAGUUUCAGCCCCAAAGAUGCCAAUAAGUAAAUGGCCCCCACGUGAAAGGCAUCAACAUAUAUCAAACCGCUUCCUCCCCGUUUCUUCCUGAGACCAUCUGUUCUACCAUCGAAGGUCGGUAGCAUUGUACAUGUCAAGACAAUAUGAGCGAAUCAAGCGAAUCCGUCCUGUCAAUUCUCACCGGACAAUCCUGGUUCUGGGAUCCCAUGCAGAGCAAUGAGAUCAGGUUCCAUCCGGACGGCAGUGGCCACUUGAUCUGUCGUUAUGAAACCCAGGUGUGGAUUAUGGCAGAGUUGGAUUGGAAAUUCCUACGCCCAGCUUCUCUCGAGCAGGUCGCUUCCACCAACACCGAUGGUCUUCUUAGCGAAUUCGAGAUUGAGAUUAGGCUCUCCCAGAGACAAAUUGCAGAGUCUUAUGUCCCCCCUGGUCGUCGCAUCAACGAAGCUUUACUCACCGACAAAGCUUUUGAGCCCAAGGUUUUCACUAUACGAUUGGAACGAGGAUCAUUCCUUACUCAGCAUGAUAGAACGGGGGACAGACAGUGUGGAGAUACCUCAAGAUGGGCUAUGCGUCUGGUCUUUGACAGGUCUCCCUAUCCCCAGCCCGAGGAGUGGAAGGAGAUGACCAGCAGUCUUCAGGCGCAUAAGACGUGGAAGUGGAAUGAAUUUUGCAGCCAUCAGCUGCAUGAGCAGGGUCUUCUGACAGCGACUUGGUCAAAGCUUAGGGAAGCAUUUUUCUCUUGACGAAUCUAUGAGAGAAUAGGUGUGAAUUUGUCAAAAAAUAAUUACAAGAAUUCAAUAAAUAGCGACCGGGCUAUACAUGAACGGCUCAAUUUCCCUA